AUGGAGCGUUUUCAACCGCUCCAAAACAAAGAUGAUGACGAAUAUUGGCUGACUGUCGAGGACUUCCGUUGCAAUUUUGGUAGCAUGAUUAUUUGCUCCAAUUCAGAGCCGUACAUCCAAGAGGGGCUUAAUGUCACCCGUAAAUACAAUCGGUCUGACCAACAUUUUGUGAUGCAAACUCCACACCAGACGCCACAACUGGCCAAAGCUAAAAGCGCUUGCCUAAAAAUUCGAAGCUGGUCUUUGACUGAUAAUUAUACGGCCGAAAUUCCCAACUCUACAACUACCAAGAAAGUGACGUCAAGUGAAUCACUUGGCCAUCGAAAAAUCAGCCCUGAAAACACGCCAGGUUCAUCUGAUUCUUCAAAAGGUUCUUUCAAUGAAAAAGUCUUCCAAUAUGAACAUUUUUCAUCACCGGUGAAAGCUGUAUCUCCGGAGCUGCUGACAAGCAAGAAGUCACCAACCACUUCACCUCCGUUUGCAGGGGUUCGCCGAAAGAUCUCUUACCAACCUCCUGGCAGAAGCCCACUGGCUUCCGAGGGUUCGUUCGACGAGCAAUCGAACGAAGCGAGUAUUGGUAAUGCCUCAACCAGUAGCAGCAGCAUUAUAGCAGAGAGGCGCCAAUCAAGACCACUGCUGAGGGGAAAAUCAGUAAGUCCCUCACGAGAACUCUUACACGAAUGUGCUAUGCCACUUAGCCUAGACAGUAGUACACUGAAUCUCUCUUCCUCUUCAAAGGAUUUGCUUUCGCUUUUUUCUACAAUGAAAGACAGCAGUAUGGUGUCUGGACACUUGGCCAAUAGCGACCGAACGCCACCUACGAGUCCCAAAAGUGAAGAUGAAGGCCUUAAAUCGCUGACUAGACACUCUAAUAGAGCAAGCCUCGGCCAAUCGGACAAACGUACUUCCAAUUCAGAGGUGAUCUCUACUGAAGCUGUUUUACCAAACCGGAAUACUUCCAGCGAAGUUGAGAAUCGAAAUUCAACGGCCGGUGCGAAGCUAACAAUGCAAGGCAGCCAUAUAGGAGAAACUACAAGCGAUUUUGGUAGCCUGGUUCAAAUCGUUAAGGUGCGCAUGAAAAGCGCUUCAGGGCGAACUAUUUCCGGUGGUCAGGAUCCGUCUACUAGUAAAGUUCUUCCGAAUCGUAAACUGGGUCGAUACGAACGGCUUGCCCUCUUUUGUCACUCUAGCAGUGAUGGAUCACAAGGAGUGUCCACGGCGGUUCCGGUAUCGCAGGACAGCAACUUAAAACUCGUCGGUAACCAGGCGCGAAAAACCUCCCUAGGUGCAAUUAGUACACUGUCAGAAUCGAAUUUUCUUGCGUCUAAAAUGGAUCGUUUCUCUCCCACGGGCGGCUGGAGUCAACUGGUCAAUUAUCAUGGCACGUGGCAUAAACGAAAAUUUGAAGAGGAUAUUGACCAGUGUCCACGUGUGUUACUUACUAUUCACAAACUGGACUUGUGGAAAACUGAUUUGGACCCUGCGUUCAGUGGUAGGAGUCACGUGAUCAUUUCUCUUCUCCAAGACUACAGACACGGCUCUUCCACCGCCAACAGCCUGCUACAACCGAUAGGAUUUAAAGUCUAUAAGACGAAAAAUCCGGAGAAAGACGAAAAACGAGCACUGAACAAAUUGAAUUUGGUGUGCAACGAAACUUCGAAUGGCGUCAGACGGGAAUUGGUUAAACGGAUGAAUCUGGAACAAGGAAAUUAUUUUAUUGUCCCAUUCUGUCCUAACAAGGAUCACGAGGGAGAAUUCAUUGUCAGAGUUCUUGGUGAGAGAAACGCUAAAGACAAGCCAGAGUGGUAUGUAAGUAACUUUUUUCCUCUAUCCUUUGGCCAAAUAAAGUCGCCUUGA